CUUCAUAUAAUUUUGGUUCGAGCUAAAUGAUCAUCAUAACAAAAUAAUUAACAUAGAAAUGGUACGACGUCAGCGAGAACCAAGCACUACAGACGACGAGAUUGUAAUUGACACAUCUCCACCCAAGAAACUCAAGCGCCACAAGCACAAAAAGUUCAAGAAACGCAAAAUUGAAAAUGAAUUUGAUAGUGACACAUCCAUUGAUGUUUCCUACGAGGACAUUGUUGACAAACCAUACAAAAUAAAGAUGAAAACUGGUAAAGAACUGCCAGGGACAUCUGCAGCAGAUUUACUUAAAGCCCAAACAAUGAAGUCUUCGUCAGAUUCUAGGAGAUCCAUGCCUGGAUCCUCAUCAAGUACACCACCAAAAGCAACAGUGAAGAAAAAGAAAAAGGGUAGAGAUAGUGGUACUUCAAGUGAGGAAGAGAGAUGGCUUGAUGCAAUCAAGUCAGGCAAGCUGGAAGAGGUUGAUGAAGAGUUGAAAAAAAUAAAACCAAAGGAUCCUAAAAUGAUGACCGCAAGACAGAGAGCCAUGUAUGAGAGAGGAACUGAUAAAGAAACUAGCCCAGGAGGCGAAGUCCUUUUAGCACUACCAUCGGGUUACAAAGAGAAAGUCAUGACAGCUGAAGCAAUACAAAAAGCAGCCCUAAAAUCACAAAAAAGAAAACAGCUGGCUGAUGAAAAGCGUGAAAAGGACAAGAAAAAAACAAUGGAUAGAUUAUUGAAGAAACAAGAAUCUAAAAAUUUAAAGAAUGCCCAGAAAGGUAAACCAUUAAAAAAACUGGAACCUAUGAUCGUUUAUAAAAACAAUAAUAAUGAAAUAUCUUUGACUUUACCACCUGGAAUACCAUUUCCUAUAGAAGCUCAGCCACCCAUUGAAGCGCCGGCACCAAUAAAGUGUGGUAUUGAAGGAUGUCCGAAUGUCAAAAAAUACAACUGUUCCAAAAGUGGAAUUCCUUUAUGUAGUCUAGAGUGUUACAAAACAAAUUUAAUGACCUUAGUAUAACUGUAGAAGUAAAAUAAGAAAAAUAAAGUACCUAUUGGGUAAUUUUUGUGAUA